AUGCCGCGUACCACAUCCAAGCCUCUCCCAGAUUAUCUCACUUCAGGCGAAGUGGAUGGAAAGGAUGCCUGGCGGUGCGCUCUACCUGGCUGCGGCAGUGAUUGGAUGAGCCGGAAGAGCAUCUGGCAGCAUAUUGACAACAACAAGACUCAUAUUGCGCGACUCGCGGCCGCUGAACGGUCGCAAACGCGCAGAUCGGGCCUCUCAAUCUCUCAGCAGAAUAACGACGAUAUCUUUGACGAUGGACCUGCCCUGCUUCCAUCUGCUCAUCCUGAUGCGCCCAUGGAUGUAGACGAUCUAGACGAAGAGGCCUCUGCGGAUGACAUCCUUUGUCGAUGCUUCAACCUGAAUGGCUUUGAUUUCUUGAUGGAGACGAAGGCGGAUGCGAAGAACAAGGAGAGAGCCGCGCUUGCUGAAUCAUUCAAAACCUUCGCUUUAUUCGAUCCAGCACAGGCAGCGUCAUCAUUGGGUGCAGAUGGGUUUUCUACCGCUCCAUCGGAUCGCUGGGAAGAAGAGGAUACAUUGACAAACAUUCUUCGCGAGCACAGCAUCAGUCUGGACGGUAAACUGGAUGGCGAUGAUAUACAGCGAAUGGCAUAUGGACACCAAAAUACGGUGUCGUCGGACCCAGGUUGGAAACCUUAUUCAUCCAAGCUCAUCUUUCUCUUGGACGUAUUCGAUAACCUGCCGCGUAACCCCGUAUCGGAUUCCUUGUUGCGUGUCCUUCUAUGGAUGCUAGAAGAGUUGAAUGUUGACGGUGUUCCGUCUCUGUAUGCGUUUCGGAAGGAGCAGCGCGAGUUACGCGACCGUUCUGGUGUGCCUACGUUGCGGUUCAAGUCUGUUCAUGGCAACUAUUACUUCAGUAACGACAUACGUGCAAUCAUUGCCAAUGACUACACUUGCCGCCUAACUCGACAGCAACUUCACUUCUAUCCCGAGAUUCCUGACGGGCCGAUCUCGGAGGUUUGGCAUGCAGAGAAGUGGCGCCACGAUAUGGACGUCUCGACACUGACCCCGAUGUAUAUUGCUGACCGCGCUACACACUACUACGUUCGGGAACUUGCACAAGACAAGUCAGGUGCAUUCUAUGUGCCUGUGCGUUGGGUCAUGCAGCACGGGGAGAUGUAUGCAGAUGCCUGGCGGGUGGAGAUCAGUCAGACAAGUGGCCAUGCUCGCAUCCUAUCCGAUCCAAGGCAUGAUCUGGCCUUCAUACGGGCAGAUAGCCUGCGUCGGAACUUCCUGGCAUUGAAAGAAGAUGGCCUACUUCCCCAAUUUAGCAAGAAAUCCCGUGAACUCGAGAAGAAGAUGCCAAAUCCUUUACGUGCUCUCGCCGACGGUGACCCUCUGUACUCCAGUUUCGUGGAUCUGCAUCCCGACGACGUCUCUGGCAAUCGGUCAAAAUCCUGGAACAAACACAUCAAUGUAUACAUGACUCAUCGGAAUCUUCCCCGCUCGACCGUCCACCAGGAGUUCCACCAUCACUUUGUCUCGACGUCGCAACAUGCGAGCGCGCUCGAGCAACUAGAUGCAGUCAAGACCAUGAUCGACUCUACGCACAGCAAACCCGUUCAAGUACGCGAUGCAACGACAGGUGAAUCGGCCAAGUUUCGUAUCUUCGCCCAUGCAGAGCUCGCCGACAAUCCGAUGCAGGACGAACUGUCCUGCCAUAUGUGCGGGAACGCGUCUCACAACUGUCGCAAGUGCAUGUCAGGUGGCACACACGCAGAGAAGAUGACGGAUGAUGGCUAUCAUGCCUUGUUCUCGCCCUCGGCAGCGGAAUCGCGCAGCAGCUUCGAAACGCGCCUCGAAGUUCUCAGGCAACUCAACCUUGCAUGUACGGGUGUCAGUGAUCAUGUCGAGCGCCGGCAGACCAUGACAGGCGUGAACGACUCCUAUGCCCAGCCGUGGAUCGACAAGCUAAUUGAGCGCGCGCGCGCUCUUCGUGCGGGUAAGGUGGAGGGAAAGCCUAAGAUGACGAUUGCGCAGGCAAGUGCGGAACUCUGGAACUCCGUCGUCCUGCCGAAUCAAGAUAAGAUCUUCAAUCCCAACCUGCGGAUGAUCGGCCUCAACAUCCAUCAGGACACACCCGUCGAGAUCUUGCAUUCGAUCUUACUCGGGAUCAUCAAGUAUAUCUGGCGCCAUUCGCUGAGCUUGUGGAACGAUAAGAUCAAAGCUACGUUUGUGCUUCGACUCCAAUCGACCGAUAUCCUAGGCUUGUCGGUGCCUCCAAUCAGAGCGGGGUAUCUCACGCAGUAUGGUCGGUCGUUGGUAGGGCGUCAGCUCAAGACGGUCGGGCAGACUGUUGUGUUCCAUAUCCACGACAUCGUUGAUAAGGAGGUGUUCGAUGUGUGGAAAGCGGUCGGCGAGUUGACGGCAUUGUUAUGGCUCCCGGAGAUUGACGACAUGAAAGAGUACACGCACGAUCUCGAGAUCGCUGUUGCCAACGUCAUCGACGCCUUCUGUAUCAUCGACCCAGGAAAGAUCAUCUGGAAGAUCAAACUACAUCUUAUCACGCACAGUCCAGAUGACGCCCGGCGCUUCGGACCUCUCGUCGGCUUGAGCACGGAGGUGUCGGAAUGCUUCAAUGCUGUCUUCCGGGCUUGCUCUAUCUACUCCAAUCAUCACGCUCCCAGCCGUGACAUCGCGCUUCAGCUUGCUGCACAAGAGGGACUUAAACAUCGCUUGAUCGGAGGCUGGUGGCUCGCCGAAGAUGGCGAAACCUGGGUACAGUCUGGAUCGGGCAUACGCGGAUUCUUCGAGAAGCAUCCUCAACUCCAAUUGCACAUGGGUUGGUCGGUCGCGAAGCCGCCCGUUCCAGGGACUGCCCGGUUGGCACCCGUUCAAGAGAGGCAGCCGCGAUCUUGGUCGGCGACCCUAGCUGCCACCACUAUCAACGCAGCAGAUUAUGCUUCGCAGAGCGCUGGCGAGUGGACCGCAUGCACAUCCUUCAUUGCUGCAUCCGGCGAUACUUGCCGCAAAGCCUCCUGGGUUGCGGCCGAUUCUCCCACAGAACCCGGCAAGACCAUUUUCGGACGCGUGAUUGAGAUCAUAGUCUCGACUGAAAGUGCCAACGUGCUUUGCGUAUUGGACGUCUUUCAGCAAUCAAAGGAUAGGCACCCGAUGUACUCGAUGCCCGUGCUACGAAGACCACUCGGCGAAGAGCACCGAGUAGUUCUGAAGCCGACUAGCAUCCAUUUUGACUUUAAUACACAGCACGACUGCCUCGCCGCAAAAUGCAGUGCCACGGGAGAACGCAGAACGACUCAGGAACGUAUACAGACCGAUAACAUCGAGGUGUUCAUUGUGCACGCUGCCUUAGACGUGUACAUCGUAAACCUGCAUGCUCUGCAUAACGCACACCGUCUGCGGCGCGUUUUCGACCGCCAGUUGACUGCACCGAUAGCUAGCUCGCUGACUGCAGAAGCUCGCCGUAAGCUGCACGAUUCGCUGGCAGAAAAACUUCGUGGUUCGGCUGCUGCCUCCAAGGCUGCUCGCGAAGCAGAAAAGGAGGCUUCUGCACUCAAUACCCAAGGACAAUCUUUACCGAAGCGGAAACGGAUAGAUAGUCCCACAGGCGAGCAUGGCGCCAGCGAAUUUGUGACAGGCGACCGAGAGGAAUCGGGCGAGGAGGUAGCUGCGCGAGUGUCUCGCUCUUCUGGUUUGACCCCUUCUAUGGGAACGAUCAAGCUGCCGAGCCGUGCUUCGCUCCAGCAAAGAGAAGCAGCUGCGGCCGGCGGCGCGUAG